AAUUUUGACGCAUGGAAAAUAAUUUGGGUACCAAAAUGAAGCUGACAUUCCGAGGAAUGUUUCUGUUGAGUCACCUUGUUCCAAUAACGGACCUGUGUUCAGGAAUGAUGAUGAAAUCGAGACGCUUGUUCCCCGCGACGCCUGCACUGGUCUUCUGUUUUCCUUAAUGUGGGAAAAUCGCGAGUCUAUGUCACUGGAGAGUACUUGAAAUUACAUCUACAUACAUGCUGUCGUGCAUUUUACUCUGGAUCGGUGCACAAAACUCACUCGAAGUAAUUUAAAUUUAAUUCACAAAUCCUGUGUCGCUCAACACCUUUCGAAGCGUCUCUGGCUGGUGCCGUCCGGAGCGCGCUAUGGAAAAUUCAGCGCUCGGAACAGCUUUGUUUACUUUUGAUAUUGGUUGUCGCCUGCUCAGGCCGCGUGUGUGGUUAUAGUGGUUGUAGGUUGCGAUUCCGUUCAGACUUUGUGAAAACCUUUGAUCAGAGACCGGUGAGUCUUUCACCUUUUAUAUUUUAUGUAUAACCUGCCUGUUUGGUGAACACUCGGUGUCAUUUCUUUUUUUUUUCUGUCACAGUCAAGAUGAGUGAUGAUCUGUUCAGUGACCCUGAUGAACCUGCUGGACCCUUCUUGCUGACUCCUUUGGAGUUCAGUGGAGUGAGUGGAGCUUCAUCCUCUCCUGGCCAGCGAAGUAGGCCUCUUACUCAGCAGGAGCAAACACCACAGCCAUCAAAGUCUGCCACACCCCAAGAAACGACUCCCAAGCUGUAUCAAUGCCCCACAUGCAAGAAGAAAACAACGUAUAAAUUAUUUCGGAAUUUUAAAAAGCAUAUGCUUGACAAGCACAACAUUGCUGUCACUGAUGAUGCAGAUGUUCGCACUGAACCAACUGAACCCUCUGUCUCUGCCCCUGCCCCUGCCCCUGCUCCGCAAGCUUCAUCCGGACCAACUCAGACUAAGACUUUUGUGUGCUGUGAAUGCCAUGCAGAGCUUCAAACCAAACGUGGCUUUCUUAAUCACCGUGCAUCUCAUCGAAUUAAAGAAGCUAACAAGAGAAUGCCUAAGGCUUCUGUUUUUCUGGAGGAGGCUCUGAUGCCUGCAAUGGAAAAAGUAAUAGAAGAAAUUUUGGCUGAGCCAGCUUACUGUGACCGGAAAGCAAUCAUACUGCAAGAGUUCAAUAAUAAAAAGGAUACUCCAGAGUGGAAGGCAUUUGUGGAAGAGAUAUCAAACAAGAUUUGUAGUUUUGUCUUGGAUGAUAAGCAAAAAAAACUUCUUCCAAUGAACCAAUAUGAAAUUGCCCAAACAAAGCUAAAUGCUUAUCUAGCUAAUACAAAUUUAGAAUUGAGAGAAAAGUUUUUAGCAAUUUGUGUGAAUGCAGACAAUUUUUUCAUCAAUAGACUAAUUUUUAGAAUGGCCACUAAAUUACUGUGUCACAUCCAAAUUUGGGUUAUAAAGAAGAUGAGUACUACGGGUACUGCACCCCCUGCAGAGCAUUCUCAUGAAAUGAGUGAUAUGGAAGAAAAAAACUUCUCUGUAGACCUUGGCAGUUUUCUUAGGAGAAGGUUCAUAAAAUAUAGAGGUAAAAAAGAUGAUUAUUGUGCAUGUAUAAAAGAAACUUUUGUGGAUGGUGAACAUCCCAUCAGUAAGUUUGAUUUUCUGAAUGAAAAAAAUUGGUUCUCUGGAGGAGAAAAGUGUAUAGUUCCAAGUAUUAGAGCCCUUGAGUUCUUUAAAGCUGUUGAAUUCAUGAUAAGGUCACCUAUGGAAAUUAAUAGUACACAAGAUAUAAUAGAAGUUAUCUUUGAAAGAAGUCAUCUGUUAGACCAUUGGUUUUAUUUGACAAAUGCUUAUAUUUCUGAAAAAGAUUCUCUCUUAUUCAUGACGGAACUUGUGCAACAUUACUAUAAAAUGUCAUUACAAAAUGAAGAGAAAAGAAGAAACAGAGAAGAGGAACAGGCCAUCCAAGCUAAUGCAACUGCUAUUAGAACACAUUUAAACCACAACUUUGCAGAGCGGGAAGAAGGCAGUGAAAGUGUGGAGUGAGAACUUU